CCGCCCGCCGCAGAUCUGGCUCUGGCGUCUGGCUAGUGCGCGGCGGCCCGACCCGGCUUGUGUGCGGGCGGAGCCGGGCGGCGAGGCUGCAGCUGGCGGAUCGUGCCGGACUACGGGCCGCGACAUGGAUUGUACUGUGCAGCCCAAAUUCCAGCCUCGUUGAGCCAGCCACACCAAGAACUUUCCACCAGAAGAGCCCUUCCAAGUACUGACCAUGUCUAUCAUGGACCACAGCCCCACUACGGGGGUGGUCACGGUCAUUGUCAUCCUCAUCGCCAUUGCUGCCCUGGGGGCCUUGAUCCUGGGCUGCUGGUGCUACCUGCGGCUGCAGCGCAUCAGCCAGUCGGAGGAUGAGGAGAGCAUCGUGGGUGAUGGCGAGACAAAGGAGCCCUUUCUCCUAGUGCAGUACUCUGCCAAGGGGCCAUGUGUGGAAAGAAAGACCAAGUUGAUGACCGCCAAUGGCCCAGAAGUGCAUGGCUGAGCUGGGCUGCGAAGGCCCUGGUUCCAUUUGCAGCCAGCCCAGAAGCACUAAGAGGGCCGAAGCAGACAUGACGGAUGCUGUGUGAGAGAGGUUGACACUUGCCGGCAUGGUCUCUUCGGGCUUCAUCAUCGCAUGCACUGACUUGCGGGUCCCGGCUGUCCUGGCAUUCCCCCUCAGCCUCCUGGUGGGGCUGCCCAUUGCAGGCAGUGGGCAGGCCUGACCUUGCUGGGGCUCAUGGCCCCUUAGCGCUUUUGUUACUUGAAUGUUUUAGCUGAGCCUGUUUUGAUGGAGCUACUACUGUAAUGCGUGAACUAACCAACCUGUGAACUGUAAAUAGGCCCAGAAGCACGUGCUUAAGCCUUUUUGCUGAUUUUUAAAAUUACCACAUAGAUCCCAUGGGACUGGCUUGAUGACUGUACUCGUGGUGAGCUGCGGCAGCAUGACCAUGGAGGGUCUUUGACUGGUCAGGCCCCAAUUGCCCUUGGCAGGUCUCACUGAGGUCUGAUCAUGUGUAUGGAAAGGAAGUGAAAGGCUAAGCAGCUGGGGUGCUUGGGUGAUUUCUGCUUGGUUAGUAAUGAGUAGAAGAAAAACCACACCUCUCCUUUUGGAGAGGUUCAGUGCGUGCAGAUGGCAGUCACUGCAAGGAAGCUGCUGUACUUGUUUUGAAGCCUAUGAUGGACAAGUCUCUGAGUCCUGAGGGCUGCCAGGCAGCUUAGCGGAGCAGUAUCUUGCCCUUUGGUCUUGAGCAUGCCCAGUACAUCCCUUCAGCACAGGCCUUGCAGAAACACCAGAGCCUGUGGCGGCUACUCGAAGUCUGAAACCUAGUCAGCCCAAGCAAGCAAGGUUUUGUUUUUAUAUUUAAUAUUUUCUGCACUGGAGUGGGGGUGGGGUAGGGGAUGAAUUUUUUUUCCUCCUAUCUUUUCACAAGUGAGCUUCCUUUCCUCUCCAAUGACUGCCCACUGGCUGAGUAUUGGGUUUCACUUUAGUCCUUGGAGCUUUGUACAGAGCCCCUGCCCCAGCUCUAAAGGCGCCUGUGUGCUGUAGAAGAUCAUUUCUAGUGUGCACAUAAGUAUUUACAACAGAGCCACCAGGAGUUCAGAUUCACAGCCUGGCUCUCACAGGAAAGGGAGCCAGCAGCAUGUGUCUCCGAGAUAUCUUUUGCCUGUAAGCUUGUUUGGAUGUUAAUCCCACCACUAUAAGUACAUUCUAAACCAUUCUGAUUAAAACACGAGUGUGUGGGCACCCUUGAUAAUGACUAGGUGGUUGGCCCUGGCUUGGACAGCACACUUGAGAGCAGCAUGGGCAGGAAGCAGAGAACUUCAGGCUGGAGACAGCUUUAAAAAGCAUGUGAAACUAAUCCAUUCUCUAAACCCCAAGGAAAGAGCUGUAGGGAACACUUUUUAGUAGUAUAUAUCUACACAUGGUGUGUGUGUGUGUGUGUGUGUGUGUGUGUGUGUCAGAUGUUAAGUAACAGCUCUAGGUGAGGAGAGAUAGCUCUAAGGCCAUUUAGAGGGUAGGAAUAAGACACGUAUGGUGGGCUGCUGCAGUAGGUUAACUCUUGGACCCUGGUGAGAAAGCUAAGUCAUGGAAGACGUAGUAAGGGGUAGACUGGACAUCGGCAGAGGCUGCUUAGGCUGGCUUGGAUGCAUGUUGGACCUGGCAGCAAUGACUCUUCGGGUCCAGGAGGAGGACAGAAUGUAUGAAAGGCUCUGCCCUGGAGCUGGCAGAGGCUGAGGGUUUUGGCCCAUCCCCAUCCCACUUCCAGCUUUCUACCUCUAAUUCUUACAGCAGCGGCCUAUACACUGCUGAUCCUUUAGCUCCACUGCACACUGACCCGAGAACAGCUUGGAUCUACACUUUCAGUGUGAGCCUGGCUCCUGGAAAUGCUCAAGUCACUCCACUGUCAGACACAGACUGCAUCUUUUGCUAUGCCAAUGACGUUUCUCUUUUUUUAGACAUCACAUUCUUAUCAGUUAUACUUGUUGGGAGCUUCCUGUCUCCUCCCCAGUUGCCAGGGAUGUCUUUGGCAUUUUAGUCAACCCAUCGAGAGUUGUCUGAAUAAGUUCAGACACUGUGGGGCACUGGUAGAAGUCUUAGGGAGAAAAAUGAAACACCUAUUGAACUAGUGAACAACCACACAAUAGUCUUCCCUGUCCUUGUUUAUAACUGGCUAUCUUUUUAUUUUACACUCCAAUGGUUAAUAAGUUACAACCCUCUCUUCAGAUUCUUUCUCAAUCGUGCAAACCUUUGUGGGGAAGUCUUCUGAUGAGUAAGAAGUUAGUUAGCCUUUCAUCCUGGGGAGCAGGCAAGAACACCGAGGCUCAGCCACUGAAGCAAGGACUGACUUUCCCAGAUUAAUCUUCAAAUGGACUGUGCUACUGUUGUGUCUCAAAGCUACCAAGUUUGUGCAAUAAGUGGAAGGGAUGCCAUUCCUGAUCAAUAAAUGCUGAAUGACAUUCAAGUUCAUUUUCUAGACCACUGAGAAAAUCUUUAUUUACAAUAAAUUUCAAUAAAAUUUGCAUAAAUAUAUUCCCAAUGUACAGUUUUCACCUCUGAUUUCUUCAUUUCUUUGAAAAGUUAAUCUGUCCUGUUCUCAUGCUUCCUCUCUGAUGUCAGAGUGGAGCUGGUGGCAGAAGGUGGAAGGGUGUCACCAGGUAACUGGGUAGCACCCUUGGGCUUAGAGUGGCUGGGGUGAGCCUUUUCCAGAGGGGCUGGUUCCUUAGCUCCACCUUGGCCUUCCAGCUCCUUCUCCAUAGUGGCUACAAGGAUUUUGAGCCAUGUGUGCUCAGGGAGUGCGGUCUCUGAGGCACUGGCCAGCUCUUGGAGCUCACGGGCCUUCUGCACAUACAGAGCCUGCAGUUUCUGGCUGUGGCGACGGAGCAAUCUGUGCUGUUGCUCUAAAGCACGCUGCCGGCGUAACAGGCGGUGUCCAUCCCUGCGGGCACUAAAGAGCCGACCCUCCACCUUCUCCUGUGUACGGCGUAGGCUGCUCAUCUCAGAUCUUAGCUUCUGCAUGGCACUCUCCACGUGAGAGAUGUGUUCACGCUGCAGGACUGCCUUGUUCUGGACACAUUCUUGGGUAGGAGGGCUGAUGCCAAGGUCCUGAGGGGCAGAGGCAGGGUCUGAGUGAUGCAGAAUGAACCUCAGCAGGUUUGGAAGGGUGAUGGGGAGGUCUCCAGGGUAUUUCACACUCAGGUCCUUUCU